UGAGUUCUGUUUCCGAUAUAACGCGAAAAUUAAUCCAGAAUUUCUAGAUACAAGCAUGGGACUUUCAAGGUAUGGGUUAGGAUUUCUUUCAGUUUUUCUUAAUUACAACUACAUUUUUGUUGCGUAGGUUAGCCAAUCUAAGGCUCCGUCGUAAGAAUGAUAGUAGCCUACUGUACUUGCGAGUUUACACGGUUUACUACCGUGUAGUUAUACGAUUUAGAUGGCUAAAUAUUGCACAACCCCGUCAGUUUCUUAUUUCCUUUCCAAUUGGCUGAAGUAACAAACUGUAAAAUUACCUUAAAGUAGCUAAUCGGGACCAACUUCAUAAUUGUCGAAUUAUAGUAGCCUAAACAGUACGGCAGAAGCGUGUCUAAAACAGACUUCGAUUGGAUGAGGGCGUCCAAGUCAGACAGGCAGGCUAUUGAGGUAUGAUGGUUAUUCUCCCCUGGACCAAACUUGCACAUUUUCAAGUCCAGAGACUUCUCAUCUUUUUUAUACAACGAGGGCUUGGUGACAAAAUUGGGCCCAGUCUUCUCGCUGUACUCCUUACGCUUUCUGUGCUGGUGGAUCCUGGAGAAGCCUCAGCUGCGUGCCGUGAUUGGGACACGACACGUGGUGCGGGUGUUGGUGUGGUGCGGGUGUACCAGGGUGAGGUUGGCAGACUGGCCUGCCCCAUUUUCCAAAACCUCAGGCUCUCCAACUACAGCCUGCUUUGGUACCGGGUCCAGCCCGGCCAGGACCUGGGGCAGCCAAUGAAUGUCAGCCGCCCAGGCCACAGGAUCAGCGCAGAGGGCGAGUGGCUGUGGUUCCUGCCGGCAGUCACUGCAGACGCAGGGCGCUACAUCUGUGCGCUCAGAAAUGGGACUCAGAGUGUGGCCAUGGGACUAGAGGUACUGCCCAGACCCAGUGAGGUGUGUGUGACUGAGGCAGCUGCAGACCCCGUCCGAAGAAAGGCUUCUAUAGAUGAAGGCCUGACAGUCCACUGUCCAGACGUCCAAGAAUAUCAGCUUCCCAAACGUAUAUCUGUGGCCUGGUUCGGACCAAAGUGCAAAACGAGUUGGACUCAUGAACGCGUGGUGAAGAACAACAAUUUUGUCAUUCAUAAGAUGAUUGAACAUUAUGAGGGGAACUACACCUGUGUGGUCACCUACCAGUCUGGCGGAAGAACACUGAACUUCACCAGGGUGGUCACUCUGAAGGCUGUGUCUUCCUCUAGGUUGGGCAAAACCCCGAUAAUACACAACCCAGAUCCAAAGGAAAUCUACACAGUCAAAUUAGGGUCUGUGGCCCGCCUGGACUGCAGCGCGUUAGUGUACCACGCGGAUUUCAGCCCACAGGUGUGGUGGGAAAUCGAUGGGAGGAGACUGGAGCUGCUGUCAGAUCAGCGCAUCACAAACGAAGCCAGCUGUGAGGAAGAUUUGCUGGAGGACAGGACCAUGAAGAGUGUGCUUGUCAUCCAGAAAUUCAGCUCCCAGGACUUUCGGCGCGAGUACACCUGCUACGCCCUUAACAGCAAGGGCAAUGCCUCGCAGAGAGCCGUCCUGAAGUUAGAGCCGUACGUGUACUCCGUCGAGCUGGGCUGCGUUCUGGGUGCGGUUUUCUUACUGACACUGAUUGCGUUCACGGUUUAUCACGUGUUCCGGCUGGAGCUGCUGCUGCUCUAUCGUGCCUACUGCGGUCCCUAUGAGAGCGACACAGAUGGAAAGGAGUACGACGUGUACAUCUCUUACGCCAGGAACAGUGAAGAGGAACAGUUUGUGCUCAUGACGCUCCGGAGGGUUCUGGAGAACGAACUGGGAUAUAAAGUGUUCAUCUUUGACCGAGACAGCCUGCCAGGGGGCACCAUCACAGAUGAGACGUUGAGCUGCGUGGGCCGCAGUCGCUGCUUGAUGGUGGUGCUGAGUCCUCGCUACGUGCUGCAGGGGACCCAGGCUCUGCUGGAGCUGAAGGCUGGCCUGGACACCAUGGCGCAGGCCGGACACCUCCGGAUCAUCCUGGUGCAGUACCAGCCCAUGGCCAGGUCCAGCUGGGUGCGGGAGCUGCGCAGGGCCCGCGUGGCACUCACCCUCGUCCAGUGGAAGGGCGAGAAGUCCUCCCACCUGUCCUCACGCUUCUGGAAGCAGCUCCAAGUGGAGCUCCCUGUGAGGAGGAGGAAACCUGCACUCACUGAGGACUGCAGUGCCAUCCCACUGACAGCACUCACACACACUGACAGCACUCACACAUACACUGAGUACACACACACUGACAACACUCACACAUACACUGACAGCACUCACACGCACACUGAUAACACUCCCACUCUGACAGCACCCACACACUGAGUAUACACACACUGACAACACUCACACACUGAGUACACACACACUGACAACAUUCAGACACUGAGUACACACACAUUGACAACACUCACACACUGAGUACACACACUGACAACACUCACACACUGAGUACACACACUGACAACACUCACACACUGAGUACACACACUGACAACACUCACACUGAGCACGAGCACGUAUGCAGCACACGCAUGCACACCAGACCAAUGUGGGGUCAAUACAUACAGUGCAGUCUGUUCUUUUGGCUCUGUACUGCAGCACGUUGGAUUCAAAAUGGAACAAUGAGUAUGAGGUCAAAGUGCGGUCCGUGUAGGAAUUACAUCCAUUUUUAUACAUAGUUGUCCCAUUUUAGAGGACCAAAAGUAAUUGGACAGUUGGCUUCUCUGAUUUGUCCAGUGUACUCAGUCAUGUCCGUAGUGCAGGUUUGAGACAGCUUUCACUAUCUAGUAUUGAUUCUAGUCUUCUGCUUGUCUUAGGAGACUUUUAUUGGCGUUUGUCAAUAUGAGGGCCAGAGUUGUGCCAGUGAAAGUCAAGGAAGCAAUUAGGCAGAGAAAUAAGAAGAAAAAAACUGUCACCGAAACAAAUUGUUUUGAACAUAAUUAAUAAGAAAGAGCACUGAGUAUUAAAUUACAAAAUUACAAAAUACAAAAUUACAAAAUAGAAAAGUAUUUGCAAUUACUUUCAAAUAUGACAAAAAAAUAACAUUUCAAAUACAGAAUUUUCAAAUACGAAGUAUUUGAUUGAAUGAAAACACUUUCACAACAUAACGCCAGUGGUGUAACAUGCACAAUUACACCAGGCUGUUGAAAAUGCAAGAACUGGAUAUACAGGGCGGCCUGUAGCGUAGUGCUUAUGGUGAAUGACUAGGACACCCAAGGUCGGUGGUUCUAAUGCUGGUGUAGCCAUAAUAAGAUCCACACAGCCAUUGGGCCCUUGAGCAAGGCCCUCAACCCUGCACUGCUCCAGCGGAGGAUUGUCUCCUGCUUAGCCUAAUCAACUGUAUGUCGCUCUGGAUAAGAGCAUCUGCAAAAUGCCAAUAAUGUAAUGUAAUAUCAGCUCUGUAAGUGGAGCCUUUUGAUGAACGCGUCAGGUGACUGGUGAUGGCAGUUCAAUUAACUGUGGAUUAUAAUAAUAAUGUUAAUAUUAUUAUAAUUAUGUAUGAUAUGUAUUUUAAAUGUUUUAUUUAAGUGUAUUUUUAUUUGAAUGUAUUAGAGGCUCUAAAUACUAUUUGAAGUAUUUAUCCCAGGGAAGUAUUUAUUUUUUAUGUACUAUGUAUGUAUUUGGUUUUCCAUGAAAAGUAUUUAAAUGAACCAAAUAGAAAAUACAUUUCAUCCAUAAAUGUAUUUGGAAAUACUUCAGAUAUGUAUAUAUACACACUCAAAUGCACAUACAACACACACAAUAACAAUUGUUGUUUUGUCAUGUUGAUAAUUUUGCAGAUCGGUGUGUAACAGCACUUUUCAUAAGACUACAGUGUGUCAGCAGCCAGCUAACAUCUCCAUAGUCUUUCCACACGGUGACGCUCUUAGUGUGCCACAGCAAUGGUGUAUGGAAAUCAGGGACUGAAAGGUGUGCAGCUGACCUGUAGUACUGUGUGAUACAGGGGGCUUAUUUAACAAGAUGAGUCACUUGGCAGCUCCAAGCUUUCAUCGUGAUCCUGAUCAGUCCUGAUACAGAGUACUCUGACAGUAACUCAUACAGUGCACAUCUUUUCCCAUUGCUGGUGGCUGAGGCAAGCUUUCCCCUCUUCACUGUUAAACGCUUUGAGUGAGAAAAGCCCGAUAUAUACAGUAAAUGCAACUGUCGUUCUGUCCCUCUUGAACUCAUAGUUCUGAGUUGUAACUGAAUUUUGUUUUCUGAUGGCAGCAAUUAUCUGGCUCUAAAAAUUAUUCAGUAUAAUUAUAUGUUUCCUUUAAAUUAAAGGAAAUGUAAUAAUAAGCAAAUCCAACAAUUGGACACUGCAUUGUUUAGACUCCCCAAAAGCAUGAUUGACACCAGCAAGGUUAUGAAAACCAUGCAGGGAGCAGCAUUCAUAGUUGCUGUGCAGUCAUACCUUCACCAUUGAAACAGCUGGCACUCCUGGUGGCAUUAGUCAGGAAUUUUGUUUAUUGCAAGCAGAAUGAAUCCUGUGUUUUUCAUAUCAGUGUUGAUUUGAGGAGACUAAUUAUAAAAGAAUCGUGGU